GUGAUAGAGCAGGCACAUAUCACAGAUUGACCAUAUCUUUCAUUUUGAGCUCAACACGCGGAGAACUGAUAGACGUUCAACGUGAGCUGCCCAUCACCUGUAGAGCAUGAUGCCCUGUAUAAAUUACAGAUAACUUCAGUAAGCUACAGCGCAGCGCAAGUCUCAUCUCCAGGAUACCACCGGCUACUGAAGUCAGUAUCAAGCGAUGUAUUAGAUUUACCACCCUUGUCAAAUGCAGAGCUUAUGGCCACGGAAAUCGAACAAAAGGACGCUCCUCGCCAAUUUGGAAAGGCUAUCGAUGUGGACAUCCCACUAACCUUGAAUGACCAAAGUAUCAUUCACCUCGACAAUGGUGAUUGGGUCUGGCGUGCCGUUAUUCGUAGUGAGGAGGCCAUCUCUCUCAAUUUGAUUUUUGGAGAAUGGUGGAUCCCUGAAGGUGCAGAAGCAUAUGUAUAUAAUGAUCAAGAAACUCUUGGUGCAUUCAAAGCUAAUCCGUCCAACAAAGACUCCGGAAUGUUUGCCACUGCUCCUAUCCAAGGCAAUGAAAUUGUAUUUGAGUACUUCUCGCCUUCUUGGGUUCAAGAAUCUCCUCGUAUUCGAAUUACAAAGGUUAUACAUGGAUACAAGCACCUUUUUACUCCCAAGAAGUCCUCUUCCGGAAGCUGUAAUAUUGAUGUUGCUUGCAAAGACGGCGCGGAUUGGCAUAACCAGGCCAGGUCUGUAGCUGUCAUUUUGACCGAUAACAACCAAAAAUACUGCACCGGAGCAAUGGUCAACAACAUGCGACAGGAUGGAAAGCAAUACUUUUUGACCGCAAACCAUUGUACCGGCUGGAACGAUAUGAAAACUCAUCUUGUUAUGUUCAAUUAUGAAAGACAAGCUUGUGGGGUAGAUGACAGCGACGUCGGAUCUAAGGAUACGGCUCAUGGUCUGAACCUAUUAGGCACAUACAGGUCAUCAGAUUUUGCUCUAUUGGAAGUCAUGGAACCCAUUCCCGAUGACUAUCAAGUUUAUUUGUCUGGCUGGUCAGCAGAGGAGUUUCCCGUAUCACCUUUCGUGACCAUCCACCACCCAAGUGGAGACUUGAAGAAGAUUUCUCAUUUCGAUGGCGACGUAACUCCUGCAUGCUGGAGCGAGUGCCCAAGUAAUAUGCAUUGGGAGGUGGAGAGAUGGACUACAGGAACCACUGAACCUGGUAGCUCUGGAUCACCAUUGUACGAAUCCACUGGGCGCAUUAUUGGACAGCUUCAUGGAGGCGUUGCAAGUUGCCAUUAUAAAGGUUAUGAUCGUUAUGGUGCCUUCAAGGAUUCCUGGAGCUCUGCGCCGCUUGGAAAUCAACAGCUCAAGGCAUGGUUGGAUCCGGAUAACACUGGAAAGAAGCAUGUAGAUGGUAUUGACCUCGAACAAGCUAAGCAUGGACGAGCUAUUAGAGACGAAUUGUAAAUGAGGAGGUGGAAAUAUGUGUGUAAUUUAUAUGAUGUGAUGCUUUGGAUACCCAAUAAAUGAGCUAGAUGCAUCAAUA